AUUCAGAAGAAGAAGCAGCAGCAGUUCUCGAGUCGUCCGUCGCUUUCAUCUCAUCGAGACGCAGUCACACAGUUCAGCUGAAUAACUGACCCUCCAUAUUGCGAUGCUUACACUGUCAGUCUGUUCUUUCACGGUUGACACUUCGGAGGUGCAAUGAAGGCAGGAGCCUCUUCCAUGUGGGCUUCAUGCUGUGGUCUGCUGAAUGAAGUUAUGGGUACUGGGGCCGUCAGAGGCCAGCAGCCAGGGUUUGGGGCUGGUGCAGGACCCUUCCGAUUUGCCCCCAGUGCGGGAUACUCCACAUACCCGCCCACCAGCUCAGGGAGUCCGAGUGUUGUAUGUAAGGCUUGUGGCCAAGCCUUUUCAGUCUUCAGGAGGAAGUAUAUUUGCUGCGACUGCAAGAAGAGCUUCUGCUCUCUAUGCUCUGUGCUUCAGGAGAACCUGCGCAUUUGUGCUACAUGUCAUUUAUUGAAGGCAACAGCCUUCCAGAGGCCGAGGCUCAUGCGCCUUCGAGUUAAAGAUCUGCGUCAGUAUCUCUUGCUCCGUAACAUCCCAACUGAUACCUGCAGGGAAAAGGAGGACUUGGUAGACCUGGUGCUCUGUCACCAAGGCAUUGAGGAAGAAGAGGAUCCAGACACCGGCAGCCUUCACUCACGUUCACUGUACACCCCGACCCCCUCCACCACACAGUCUGCCUCGGAGCUGUCUACUUUUGCUGCCUCUCAGGAGGAGCAGCUCAGCAGAAGCGAUAGCUCUGAUACUAACCAGGAUAUAGGCGAUGCAACAUCAGUAACUCUUCUCAACCUGGAUCCUAGUGAACACACUCCAGAGGUGAGUCCACAGACACGACGCCGGGCCAGAGCAUCUCUGUCAGACAUUUCCAGCCUGAGGGACAUCGAGGGCCUCUCUGUCCGACAGCUGAAGGAGAUCCUAGCCAGGAACUUUGUCAACUAUUCAGGGUGUUGUGAGAAGUGGGAACUGGUGGAACGGGUCAGCAGACUGUACAGAGAGACAGAGGAGAACAGGAAGUCCUUGGAAAAUGUGAGCACUGCUGUAACCACAGUGGUGGCCUUCCCCCCUCCUAUUUGCAACGGUGCCAUUGGAGAUGGUGAGAAGGGACCAUUAACCAUCCACGAUGACAACCUCUGCAGGAUCUGCAUGGACGCUGUCAUCGACUGCGUUCUCCUGGAGUGCGGUCACAUGGUCACGUGCACCAAGUGUGGCAAGAGGAUGAACGAGUGUCCGAUCUGUAGGCAGUACGUUGUGAGGGCCGUGCAUGUCUUCAAAUCCUAAUGCACCAUUGCAGCACCGCAGCACCUGCUCUGGACCAGUAGCUCAGACUGAGACUGUACCGUCAAUAAACCAUGCAGCUCAUAACCUCUGAACCCCCAAAAGACUUGUUUUGUGGGUGUUCCAUGUUUGUAUUUCUCAAAUUCUCACAUUAUUUGCACACUGGAAUAUUAAGAGAAAUGUGUUUUUGUUUUUACUGUCAAGACUCGGGACUCUGUGGUUUCACCAGUGAGCAGAGUGAAGGAUCAUACUCUCUUAUGAGUCAUUCCUCAAGUAAACAUAUCUCUGAUCUGUGUUCAUUCCUAAGUGUUUUUUUUUUUUGCUUUUCUUAAAAAAUUUAAAUACAAAGAAUGUGUGGCACUCGGCCAUGUGCAGUCUUGAUAAACAACUUCUCACCUUCAGAUCUGCCUAUAAACUGUAGCUGGCGCUCGGCUCUGCUGAGUAUUCGGAAGAGCUCCUCUCAUUACAACUGCUGCAAGUGACUACAUAUCUUAGUAACACCGAAGACAGAACCCCACCACAGAAGAGAGGGGGUGAGCGAACUAGGUGCCAAAAAUCGGGUCAUGCCCUCACACUUCUUCUCACCUGUUUAAUCCCUCGAUUGUGUGGGUUAGUUUUUAGAAUACUUCAGCACAUUAUAGCAGAAAGCACUUUGUUCACACUGUGUUGACGCACCAAUGCUCACAGUUCACUAUAUGACCACUGAUAGUGGCUGAGGCAGCACAUGUACUAGUUCUUGAACACUUGUGCGAACUAGAGCUUGACCAAUUAAGGAUUUUGAAGGCCAUUCAUUUAGUUUAGAUCAAUAGAACAAGUUAAUACUAAAGCACUGAGCUUGUUUACGUUUUCAACUCAAUACUUGGUCUUACAAAUUAGGUGCUCUUCCAUUGUGAAUUAGAAUCAAAGAUAUUGGUGAAUGAUAGUAGUGAUUUAUGAUGAAAAGAGGCAUUUUAUUUUUUUCCGGAAACAUUUAUUGUGAUGCAUUACACAUCUGCAGGUUCAUACAAAGUCUGUCAUUACAGCAAUAGCUAAUUUCUGCUGUCACCUCUGUCUUGUCUCCGUCACGGAGACCAAAGAUAAAAACCGGUGCUAAUUCAUCCAAUCAUCAUCCCUGUUUUUUUGUUUGGUUUUUCAGCUGAACUGUGGAUGUGAAACUGAAUGUUUUUAUUUGUGUUGUUGUUGUAAAUCGUUGGGAGUGGAAUGAAGUGACUUAAUUCUUUUACUUAAUAUCUCACGUAGGAGUAAUGUACUGAAAGAUAUAGCUUCAAAGAUAUAGCAACAAGUUUACUGACACCUGUGGUAUAGAAAGUAUAUAGAAAUAAUGACUUGCUAAUGUACAUUUGCAUAUAUUGAUCCAUAUGAGAUGUAUAUAUCUAUAUUUUUUCCAUUUGAUUUUAAUUGUGUAAUACCAGAUUAUUGAAAUGUCCCCAGGAUUGGGUCAGUUUAUGAUUACAGAGUUACCCUUUUAAUGUCAAGUGGUUUGACGUGUUAAAUCUGCAUAGGUUUGCUUGAACCAGAGCAUGACGACAGCCUGUGUGACACUUAUGUUAUCCCGUCCUCAUCCUCCCCUGUUUUUAUUUUUCCUGCUCAUUUAGAAAAAACCCAGCUCUGUACUGUACCCACGCAGAGCCAACGUUGCUGCUAUUACAGUGAAGAUGUCCCAUACAAUCAUGAACAAUAACUGAGCAGGUUGCACUUUUCCGUUACAGAGAGUGUAAUUGUGUGCAAGGUUUGGUCUUUGUAUUUGGGAAUGUUAAACUUUUUAUUUUGGUAAUUAAAGAGUUUAAUUAAAGUCUGUUUUUGUAUACUCAUGCAUCAGAAGUAGUGUCCCUGUACUAUCUUGGAUUGGAGUCAAUAAAUAUGAGGGGAAA